ACACACACACACACACACACACACACACACACACACACACACAGGUGGGUUGGACUGAAGUCACCAGUAGGCCAGAUUUGGCCCAACAUUUUUAUUUCAAACUUUGCCAUUAUUUACGGAAAUCAACAAACAUCUGUCUGUUUGCAAACUAUCUCAAGAACCACUGAAUUCUGGAGUCAAGUUAUGAUUUGUCCUCAAAAUAUAUCUCAAACAGAAUCUCACAGACGGGUUGGAUUCGAGACAAGCCCAACAACAACACGUUUUCUGAGCCCCACCCGAAGUUCACCUGUCCGUUAAUGGAAACCGGUCCCUGAACGCAGCACCUGCUACCACGAGCUGCUGUUGUUGAGAGUGGCAAAAACGUUUUUUGUCACGAUGGCUUUCUAACCGAUAGCUCAACAGAGACCUAACUUGACAACGAAUUACCAUUUUGCGCUUAAUUCGACCAAAAACGGACUUGAUUUUUUUCCAUUGAACGACAGUAAACACGCCAAACAGACGCGUGUGACAUUGAGUCCAAUCAGUCGUGGAGUCUGACGGAAGCUUAAAUCUGGAGGUUGACGUCGCUACGUCUGUCCCCGAAGAGCUGAGCUUCAAGGCCGCUCAGGGAAGUGUGUGAUGAGCUUUGAGCUACAGCAAAACAUUCUCUGGGCCUGGUCUCCCUGUCUCUACCUUUGGACAACAAGAUGGCUGAUGUCAACGGCUGUGCCACCGUGAGUGGAAAUCCACCCCCACCGGAGGUCCUAAAUCCCAAGAAGCCUGGGCGAUUAACCACUAAGCUCCUGUACCUGGAGAAUGUGGUGAUGAAAGCUGUGUGGAGUCAUCACCUUUCGUGGCCUUUUCAGCAACCUGUUGAUGCUGUAAAAUUCAGAAUCCCAGAUUAUUAUACAAUAAUCAAAUGUCCAAUGGAUCUGGGCACUAUCAAGAGUCGACUGCAGAACAGAUAUUACUGGGAAGCAUCAGAAUGUGUGAAAGACUUCGAAACCAUGUUCUCAAACUGUUAUAGGUACAACCAGCCUAGAGACGACGUUGUUGUUAUGGCACAGGCCUUGGAAAAAGUUUUCUUGCAGAAAUUGUCCAAAAUGCCAAGUGAUGAAGAGUUGAUCACUACAGUGGAGCCAGUUAAAGUGAAAAAGACAAAUGCAGGUUCAGUAAAGCAGAGAUCCCAAAUGUCAGAAGAUGUUCUGAAGCAGACGGUAACGUUUCUUCCUCCUGCUGUGCCUCAGAUCAACACACCCAACCAGCUGUCCGCAAAAACCACAAAAACGGCAAAAAAAAGUUUGAAGAGGAAAGCAGACGUUGCCACUCCCGCUGCCUCAGUCAUCAGCAGGAAUGAGAUAUCUACUGGAGGGGACAUUUUAGCACCGUUCACAUUGUUGAACAAAGCAAACAGAAGGCCCAUCAAGCCGUCCAAGAAAAACGUACCCGAGUUUGAAGACAAGAGAGUCAGACAGCCUGAGCAGCUGAGCUACUGCAGCAGUGUCCUUAAGGAGAUGCUCUCGAAGAGGCACUGUUCAUACGCAUGGCCCUUUUAUACACCGGUCGAUGCAGUUGCUUUGGGUUUGCAUGACUACCAUGACAUCAUCAAGCAGCCUAUGGACCUGAGCACCAUCAAGAAAAAAAUGGACCAACAAGAGUAUGCAAAUGCCAAGGAGUUUGCUGCUGAUGUCCAGUUGAUGUUUUCCAACUGCUACAGGUACAAUCCUCCAUCAGAUGAGGUGGUCCACAUGGCAAGAAAACUGCAGGUAGUGUUUGAGGCUCGAUGUCUGAAUAUUCCUCAAGAACCAGAUCGCUGUGCCGUGUCUGUUCAGAACAGGAAAGGAGGCAGAGCUGAAAGUCUCAUAACUCCUGAUAGCUCUGAAAGUGACAGCUCCUCAGAGUCAGAGGGGUCCUCAGAUACCGUUUCCAUUCAGCUUGUUCAACUAGAGGAGAAGUUGAAAGCUGUCAGUGAACAGCUGAAGAGACUGACCCGAGAACCUUUGUUGAAACCUAAGAGGAAGGAGAAGCUGAAAAAGGAAAAACGAUGUUGUGAAAAAGACCUUGCUCGAUUAAAGAACAUGUCUACAAAGUACAAAUCUGUUGUAGAUACAGUUGCAAAAUGCAAGAGCACUUCUUUACAUGGAGGCAACCAUAAUUUCAGCAAGCCAGUGGUGUGUGAGAAAUUCUCAACACCACUGACCUAUCAGGAGAAGAUCCAGUUAAAAUCUGACCUUGACAAGCUGCCUUGUGACAAACAUCAUGAUUUGCUGAGUAUUGUUAACUGCAGGGAGACUUCUACACAAGAAAGUUUACUGGGAGAAGUUGAGUUAAACUUAGAAAUGUACAAGACGACCACAUUGAGAGCCCUUCAGAGAUUUGUUGCAUCAUAUUACAGUAAAUGUAACAGUGGUGGCAAACGAAAAACCCUGAAGCCCAAAGGAGGAAAGCUGACUGACAAAAUAAAAGACAGAAAACGAAUAAUCAGCAAUAGAUGUGCAACUAAAAAACAAAAGCCACUGAUCCUGACCUUUCCUGAACGGACCUGCCUCCCAUGCCUCAGUGGCAGCAGCAGUUCAUCAUCCAGUUCUGGCAGCAGCAGCAGUUCUAGUUGUACAUCUUCUAGCUCUUCUGACAACGGUGACUCUGAAGCAGUGCCUGAAACCACGAUGAACAAAUGGAAAGACUUUUGCCAAAAAGUUAAACAAAAGGUGACACAUGAUGCCAGCAGUAAGCAGGCGACAGGAACCAAGGAUUUGAUGAAGGCUUCAGUCAGAACAUCACAGCCUGUUUCUCCUGCCAUCUCCAGGGUUGCAGAAAAUGAAUGCAACCACAUCCAUCAAAAUGCAGACCUGAGCUGUGAUGAGCUGAUUUUCUCCCCUCAAGAUUUGUCUGCCUUUUUAUCCCCACUGAUAUCUCCUGAAAUUUUGCCUGACUUGGUCACUACCGGAUUUGAGCAGGGUCCAGUGCUAUCCCCUCUCAGCGAAAGUCCAUUGCAUUUGAAAAAUGCAACAAAUGGCAUGAUCGUGCCAGAUUUCAGGAGCUUUGAGGAUGUUUGUGAUGGUCACAUGACUCACAGCAGUACUGAAAGGAACUCUGCUGACAAGGAAAAGCCAACAGUUCCUAAAAAGAAAAAGGAAAUUUUUCUUAAGUACCCAGAGUCUUGGGCGAGAUUGAUAAGCCAGUCAAUUACUUCAGCUGCAGUCAAGCCGUCCAAAGAGAGAUUCCAGCAAUCGACAAAAUCACCUAAAGAGACAGAAGAACAUGAGCGCGAGCUGAAGAACCAUCCUCCAGAGAAAAACAAUCCGACUGAGACUACGAAUAAGAUCAGCCUUUCAGACUCUUGGAAAGCGGAGCCUGACAAAGGGGGUCCUGAUGUGCGGGAGACGUGCGGAGUCGCUGCCUCAGACGUUCCCAAACAGAAUGAGCAGCAAAGGUCUCAGAACAAAACGAGCCCUCAGACCCAGCAGUCCUGUGCGAAUAAAAAGAGGGAGAGCGCUCGUAUGUUGGAGCAGGAGCGUCGCAGGAGAGAGGCUAUGACUGGUGUUGAUCUGAUGAGGCACUGGGAAGUCAUGACUGCAUUCGAACUCGAAAUGGACAAUGAACUGAUUCCUUUUUCUCCAUUUCAAAACAUGAACAGUGCCUUUCAUCAGCAAUACACAUUUGUGUCGUAUGGAGACAAAAAUGGAGAAUUGUGAGGCAUGAAAAUGCUAAAAUACAACGAUUUAUUUUGGAAUUGAAGAUUGUCACUAAUGCACUUGAAACUUUGAUUAGUAAAAGCACUGCUAUCACACAUUUCCUGUUUAUUUUUAAGUUGGUCCCCAGUUUAUCUUGUUUUUUUGUCUAAUGCUUUAAGUUUGUUUAACUUAAGUGAAUUUCUGCUGUUUCUAUUAUUGUGGGGUCAUGACGUUAUCUCUACGUGUGCUGCUGCUGCACAUUGUUGCUCAGAUGACUCUGGUUGUUCAAAAGUUGAUUUGUGCUUUAGUUGUACAUUCUGGAUUUUUU